UGGGAAGACAUGGCGGCGGAAAGCGGUAGUGAUUUACAGCUGAGAAGAAGAAGGCAUCGGGACUCAGACGAACCAGAAAAAGUGGAACCCAGUGAGAGACAGCUGGCAGUGCCCCAAGAGGCCGAUGAGGAGAAUGAAGAGCGCUGGGUUGGGCCUUUACCGGUGGAGGCAACGCUGGCCAAGAAAAGGAAAGUUCUAGAGUUUGAAAGAGUCUAUCUUGAUAAUCUCCCCAGUGCCUCCAUGUAUGAGCGCAGUUACAUGCAUAGAGAUGUCAUCACCCAUGUGGUAUGUACCAAGACAGAUUUUAUUAUUACUGCCAGUCAUGAUGGACAUGUUAAGUUCUGGAAAAAGGUAGAAGAAGGAAUUGAAUUUGUUAAACAUUUUCGUAGUCACCUAGGAAUUAUUGAGAGUAUUGCAGUUAGCUCUGAGGGAGCAUUGUUCUGUUCUGUGGGUGAUGAUAAAGCAAUGAAGGUGUUUGAUGUAGUGAACUUUGACAUGAUCAAUAUGUUGAAGCUUGGUUAUUUUCCUGGACAAUGUGAGUGGAUCUAUUGCCCAGGGGAUGCCAUAUCUUCAGUUGCUGCUUCUGAGAAGAGUACAGGAAAAAUUUUCAUUUACGAUGGUCGAGGAGAUAACCAGCCACUUCAUAUUUUUGACAAACUCCAUUCAUCCCCUCUCACUCAGAUACGGCUAAACCCGGUUUACAAAGCAAUAGUAUCUUCUGACAAAUCUGGAAUGAUUGAGUACUGGACUGGUCCUCCUCAUGAAUAUAAAUUUCCUAAGAAUGUAAACUGGGAAUAUAAAACUGACACAGAUUUAUAUGAAUUUGCCAAAUAUAAAGCUUAUCCAACCAGCAUGUGUUUUUCACCUGAUGGGAAGAAAAUAGCUACGAUUGGUUCUGAUAGAAAAGUUAGAAUUUUUAGGUUUCUGACUGGAAAACUCAUGAGAGUCUUUGAUGAAUCAUUAAGUAUGUUUACUGAACUGCAGCAGAUGAGGCAACAGCUACCAGACAUGGAAUUUGGCCGACGAAUGGCUGUAGAACGCGAGUUAGAGAAAGUGGAUGCUGUAAGGUUAAUUAAUAUAGUUUUUGAUGAAACUGGACACUUCGUGCUGUAUGGAACAAUGCUGGGCAUUAAAGUUAUAAAUGUAGAGACAAAUAGGUGUGUACGGAUUCUAGGCAAGCAAGAAAAUAUUAGAGUGAUGCAACUGGCUUUGUUCCAGGGAAUAGCUAAAAAGCAUCGUGCUGCAACUACUAUAGAGAUGAAGGCUUCUGAAAAUCCUGUUCUACAGAAUAUUCAAGCUGAUCCAACAAUAGUCUGUACGUCUUUCAAAAAGAAUAGAUUCUAUAUGUUUACCAAACGAGAACCAGAAGAUACGAAAAGUGCAGAUUCUGACCGAGAUGUUUUUAAUGAGAAACCUUCUAAAGAAGAAGUCAUGGCAGCUACUCAAGCUGAAGGACCUAAACGAGUUUCAGAUAGUGCUAUUAUCCACACAAGCAUGGGAGACAUUCACAUCAAACUUUUUCCCGUUGAGUGUCCUAAGACAGUGGAAAACUUCUGUGUUCACAGCAGAAAUGGUUAUUAUAAUGGGCAUACAUUUCACCGUAUAAUUAAGGGCUUCAUGAUUCAGACAGGAGAUCCAACAGGUACUGGUAUGGGAGGAGAAAGCAUAUGGGGAGGAGAAUUUGAAGAUGAAUUUCACUCAACAUUACGACAUGACAGACCAUACACACUCAGCAUGGCCAAUGCUGGAUCGAAUACUAAUGGAUCCCAGUUUUUCAUAACAGUAGUACCAACACCUUGGCUUGAUAAUAAGCAUACAGUGUUUGGACGAGUGACCAAAGGAAUGGAAGUUGUGCAGAGGAUCUCCAACGUUAAAGUAAAUCCCAAAACAGAUAAACCCUAUGAGGAUGUCAGCAUCAUAAAUAUUACUGUCAAGUAAUAUAAUGUUUGUUUUAUUGUGUUUACAGAUGAAAAUCCAUGUAUGUUAAAUACAAAAUUAUUUUACAAUUAGGAAGCUUAAGUCUUGAACAUAUAAAUCAUGUUUCAAAGAUGCAAUGUUAUAUUUUUAUAUUUUUCAUUAAAGACCAUUUUUUAAAAAAUGCUUUUGAUUUUUCUUGCAGUACAUCUAAUUCAGGGAGGUGAUAAUUUGAAAUGGAUUAAACUAAAACAAAUAGCAUUCCUUAUAAGUAAUUUAUCAUGAAACUCAAAUAGUAAAUAUUUAUUAAAUAAUGAGAGUGGUAUAUGUUUGUUCCUUAACUUUUUUAAAACUUGCCUUUACAUGUUUAGAGGACAAAUCCCUCCUCUAAGAAAAAUACCAGGAUUUGGGCUUACAUAUGAUUUCCUUUUUUACAAGGUUUUUGUUUCAUAGCAAAUUUUGUUUUUGUAUUUUGUUCAUUAUUAAAUAGUAAGCAGUACUAAGUAAACCUAUAUUAUUUAAUACUCAAGAAAUAUUCUUUAAAACCCAAGAAUUGGAAUAAAUGAAUACCUGAGCCCUUAGUAUUAUAUGUAAAUUCAUUUCCUAUUUUCAUAUUCUUCUUCUAAUGUAGCUGAACUAUUUUUUUCUGUCUUUAAGUUAUAGUAUGUCUUACUUCAGAAAAUACACUAUGAAGAAAUACACAUGCAGUAAAAAUUUUGGCAUCUGAUAAUGGAGAAUUUCAUAGAAACUGGAGCAAUAAAACAAUAUGUAUGAGUUCAAAGUCUUGUACUGAUUUCAUUUCUUCUUCAGUUGUUCUUAUAACUUCAUGAUUAAGAACCACUGUCUAAUUUCCAAACAGACACUUCUCAAAACUAAGAGGAACAUGCUCAACAGACAUGUUCAGGAAAUUCAUAUUUUUAUGCUUUAAAUCUAAGCUUAUGCUUUUCCUUCUAUUGUUCAGUAGGAUUAUUUUCUUUACCUGUUGUUCACUGCAAACUUGUGUGAUGAAAGAAUGACAAAUUGUUCUACUUUAAACUAGUAACUGUGCUCCCCUUUUUACAUACUACUUUAAUAACUGUACUCCCUUUUUAUAAGUAGAACUUAAAGUUAGACAUGAAAUUACUUUUUACUAUGAUAUUUACCUUUUCUUUUUAAUUUUAGGUGUUUAGAAAUCUACUUAGGUUUAUUCAUUCCUAUAACUUAAUUUAAAUUUUUGGUAAUACUGCCACCAAGUGGUGAUGAUGAUGCCUCAUUCUGCCCAAAAUACAAUCAUUGUGCUUUGCAUUAAAAUCUUUUUUGUUGUUGUUUUGUUUAGAUUUUUGCCUUAGCAUAUACUUAC